UAUUCCCAGCCUGGAUGGGGCUCCCAGCCGCUCCCAGCCAGCGGAUCUGGCUCUGCCUUUGUCUGGGAGCUGGAAGCGACCUCUGCUUCCUGCCCCCCGCCCCGGGACGCACCGAGGCACAGCUCAGGGAGGGAAGCGGAGAGCCCGGGACCCGCGGGGAGCCCGGCCCGGUUGGGAGCCGCGGGAGAAGCCUGUCUUUCCAGACAGCAGCAUUGCCGGCUCCAGGAGAUUGCUCUGGUUUUGCGAGACAGUUUGUGCUUCUGGGCCCUCAGACCUGAUCCCUCACCCGGCUCACGUGGUGUCAAUAACGAGGCACUGGCAUACGAAGCCAGAGGCUGGAUGCUUCCUGCCAGGGGCAUGAAUGAGACAGAAAGGCCUGGGGUCUGGGCUCAUCCCCUGCUGGGAUAAGGACACCCCCGGGGAGCAGCCAUGGCUGCAGGGCCGGGGGCAGAGGGGGCCCUGGACCUGCAGUUUCAGAUCCAGGUGGAGCAGUCGGUGUGCCCCGCUGGGCUGACGGAGCAGCAGGUCUCAGCUGGGCCCGAGCCAGAUGCGGGAUUGGAGCGGUCGGGCGGGCUGCCUAUUGUGGUGCAGUCCGGCACCAUUGGGGAGCUGCUGAGAUGGGUAGCGCCGCAGCAGGCCCAGUAUGCGUCGCAGAAGGAGAUGCUGCAGCACUGGGAGGACGUCUGGCAGGAGGUGCUGCAGGCCCUGUGCAUCCUCCCGGAGGUGGGGCCGGCUCCGGUCUGCGCCUUCAGGCCUGGAGAACCAGAGCUGUCGCCUCCUCCCGGAGUUGUGCCAGCACCGACUUGUGCACGUAGGUGUGAAAACCCCACCUCCCAGGGGGGCAGUGAGUCACCCAGGGGUCUGGAGCAGGCUGGGAUCGAGCUGCCGGAGGAGACGGCACCGUGUCGAGAGGAGCAGCUGUCAGCCACGCAGACCCCUGCCGAGGUUAAGCCAACUCCAGCACCUGCAUGGAGAACCCUGGAGCUGCCACAGCUGGCCCCAGAGGACGAUAUCGAGGCCUAUCUGGCCACCUUUGAGCAGGUGGCUGACGCCUGCCAGUGGCCGAGAGAGGAAUGGACAACCCGACUGGAGCUGUACCUCACCGGGAAAGCCCAGUUGGCCUAUGGCAGCCUAGACAUCACAGAGACAAGUGACUAUGGGAAGGUGAAGGCCACCAUCCUGCGUCGCUAUGGCAUCAGCCCAGAGACACAGCGCAGGCGCUUCAGGCAGUUCCGCUACCAGGAGGCCGAGGGGCCCCGGGAGGCUUACAGCCGCCUCCGGGAGCUCUGCCAUCGCUGGCUGGAGCCGCAGAGCCGCACCAAGGAGCAGAUCCUGGAGCUGCUGAUCCUGGAGCAGUUCCUGACCAUCCUGCCGGAGGAAAUGCAGAGCUGGGUCUGGGAAUGUGGUCCUGAUACCGGCGCCCAAGCGGUGGCCCUGGCUGAGGGGUUCCAGGUGGGGCAGCCGGAGGCCCAGUGGCCGGGGCUACAGGUGCCAGUGCAGUUUGAGGACGUGGCUGUGACUCUGAGUGGGGCAGAGUGGUUGUUGUUGGAUGAGGAGAAGAAGCAGCUCUACAGGGACGUCAUGUACGAGAAUUACCAGAGCAUCAGCUCAUUGGGUUUUCCGGUUCGCAAACCCACCCUGAUCUCUCAGCUGGAACGAGGGAAGGAGCCGUGCAUCACAGAUCCCCCAGCCCCUGAGGAGCAGGAGACCCAGAGGGACGUCCCAACAGACACCGAGGAGCUGGCUGUGCUGCACUGCGGGGAGGCGGAGGUACCUGUCAAAGCACCACCCCUCCCUUGA